AUGACGUGGCGUCCUGAGGAGAAGGGCACCUUGAAGACUUCUUACAGAGUGCCAACACUCCCCAGCAGCUUAGGCAUGGGGCCUCCGCUGCCGUUUCCUGUGAAGACUAGACAAUUCAACGAGGACAUCAAGGGCAUCAAGACGGACUUCCUGGUCAGCAGAUACGAAGACUACACUGCUGUUAUGGUAACCCAGAUCGGGAAGAUGGGAACAAUUCUGCAGGCAAAGAAGGAGGAGACAUACGGAGGCGCCUCCACCUACACUGUCAACACGCUUUUUGGCAAGCGAGACGAGCCUCUCCUUGAAGCGUGUGCCCGCCAGCUGGCCGAGAAACUCAGCGCCGGCGACUCCUCCCGAGCACUCCUCUUGUCCCUGGGACUGCGAGAUCCUUCUCCUGAGUCUGUCCGCGAAGUUUUGAACGCGAUUGUUGAGAACGCCGUGUAAGGACCACGAGGCUAAGCAAGCAAAGGCGGCUGAUGCCAGGAAUCGGACAUUCGCUUGGCAACAGUCUUUCUGGGAAGAUGAUGAGCGAUGUUUGGGAUCUUUAAGCGAGGCACCUCCUCGGAAGUCUUCUCGAGGGCCCGAGCCGUGAUCCUUGCCACAGCGCAAGUGCAUCCGCCUCCGGAUUUUGAAUCGUCCAUGAGUACUCUGGACGGAAUGCGCUCGAGUGCAUUGUCGAAACCUGGUAGGCGUCUAGCAAUAGCAUCGGUACGUAUCCUUGCGUUGGCAAGCGGCCGUGCGUUUGCAAAGGGUUCUAAAGUCCGUUCACAAUGACUGAUUGACACAGUCUGGAUUACUACCUGCAGCAAGUACGUUUGGAUUGCAGCCUUUUACAGCUCAAGGUUGAGUGUCGGUGGCAGAACGGUUUUGGUUGUAUCAAUAAUGUUAGGCAAAAAGAUUCACUCACAGCAAUGGACCACCGCCUUCAAGUUGACGGUCGGUGAGACUACUGUGCCG